UGCGCUGCUCGGUACACGCAUGGAUGUAGGGGACACGUCAUGCAAACAGCAGCUUUACCCUUCUGAGCAUGCGCGUUCAGUCCUUCAAUAUCCGAGAUUGGAAGAGAAGCUGUGGACGGUAAUGAUGAUGAUGAUGAUGAUGAUGAAGAUGGUGCUGCCCGUGUUUCUGCUCCUGGCUGUGUUGGGCCUGGGCUCCGGAGAAGAGGGAGCCCGCCUGCUGGCCUCCAAGUCCCUGCUGAACCGCUAUGCUGUGGAGGGCCGAGACCUCACCCUGCAGUACAACCUCUACAAUGUGGGCUCCAGUGCUGCUCUGGAGGUGGAGCUGUCGGAUGAUUCUUUCCCCCCUGAAGACUUUGGAAUCGUGUCUGGAAUGUUGAAUGUCAAAUGGGACAGGAUUGCACCAGCCAGCAACGUAUCUCACACAGUGGUGCUGCGCCCCCUGAAGGCCGGCUACUUUAACUUCACCUCUGCCUCUGUCAGCUACCUGGCCCAGGAGGGAGGACAAGUCGUGGUUGGCUACACCAGCGCCCCCGGCCAGGGAGGCAUUCUGGCUCAGCGCGAGUUUGACCGCCGCUUCUCCCCCCACUAUCUGGACUGGGCUGCGUUCGGCGUGAUGACCCUGCCCUCCAUCGGCAUCCCGCUGCUCCUCUGGUACUCCAGCAAGAGGAAGUACGACUCGCCGAAGACCAAGAAGAACUGAGCUGGGAUUCAUCCAGGGGGAUGGGGUGGUGGGGGGGGUGGGAAGGGGGGCACAGGAUCUCUGAAAAGCUUAAUAACCCAUAUUGGGGUUGAAAGUACAGUGACCAAGGAACAGGGUUGUGAUUUGAUCAAACAGGCAGCGUGAUUCAGGAAGAAGAGCAGAAGCAGCAACAGUACCGUGUGUUUCUCCCCGUGACCAUGGCUGGCUGUUCCUUCACAUCUGCAGGUGGUUCACGUGACCGAACAAUUACUCCUGUUGAGGGUUUUGUGGUUUUGUAAUUGUGGAACUGAAUUCAGAUUUGAAGUUUAUAGCCAGGUGUUGAACGUCAAGAUGAAUAAAUAAAAACUAGCUGGGUUUUUCUAAA